AUAUAAGCGAAUUUGUUCCUGAAUUGAAUCGAAUCGAAUCCAAACCAAACCAAACCCUAACUCAAUUUCUCUAACACGUCAGCGUGUCCGGCAACUUUGGUGUCUUUGGCCUCCAAAUCAGUUUUUUGCAAUGGGAAGGAAAAAGACAGAGGACACUGGCACAUCUGCAAAGGCUAAGACAAGUAACAAAGAUGCUCCUAAGAAGGAAAAAAUUUCUGUCUCUGCCAUGCUGGCCAGUAUGGAUGAAAAGCCUGAUAAACCUAAAAAAGUCUCUUCUUCAUCCAGUAAGCCCAAGCCAAAACCUGCUACAAAACCGUCCACAUACACUGAUGGUAUUGAUCUUCCUCCCUCGGAUGAAGAAGAAGAUGAAGAACUCUUGGAAGAGGAGCAACAGCAAAGUAAGCAGAGGCCUGAUUUGAAGCCACUUGAUGUUCCUAUUGCAGAGAAAGAGUUGAAAAAGCGUGAAAAGAAGGAUAUUUUAGCUGCUUAUGCUGCUGAGCAAGCAAAGAAGGAAGCUCUUAGAGAUGAUCAUGAUGCUUUCACUGUGGUCAUUGGAAGCCGAUCUUCAGUGCUUGAUGGAGAAGAUGAUGCUGAUGCUAAUGUCAAAGAUAUAACAAUAGAAAAUUUCUCUGUGUCUGCUCGAGGUAAAGAACUUCUGAAGAAUACAUCAGUGAGGAUAUCUCAUGGGAAGAGGUAUGGUUUGGUUGGGCCCAAUGGAAUGGGCAAGUCCACACUGUUGAAGCUUCUUGCUUGGAGGAAGAUACCAGUACCUAAGAAUAUUGAUGUCCUUCUGGUUGAGCAGGAGGUAGUUGGUGAUGAUAAAACAGCACUUGAAGCUGUUGUCUCAGCUAACGAUGAACUUGUUAAAAUUCGACAAGAAGUUGCUUCCCUGCAGAAUGCAACUUCUGGUGAAGGAAAUGCAGACAAAGAUAAUAAUUAUGAGGAGGACGAUUCAGGAGAGAAGUUAGUAGAGCUGUAUGAAAAAUUACAGCUGAUGGGGUCUGAUGGUGCUGAAGCUCAGGCAUCAAAGAUUUUAGCUGGUUUGGGUUUUACAAAGGAUAUGCAGGGCCGUCCUACAAAAUCCUUUAGUGGUGGCUGGAGGAUGAGAAUUUCUUUAGCUCGGGCACUUUUUGUGCAGCCAACUCUAUUAUUGCUUGAUGAACCCACAAAUCAUCUUGACCUGAGGGCUGUUCUCUGGUUGGAAGAGUAUUUGUGCCGCUGGAAGAAAACUUUGGUGGUUGUCUCACAUGACAGGGAUUUCCUCAAUACAGUUUGCACUGAGAUUAUUCAUCUGCAUGAUUUGAAACUUCAUUUCUAUCGUGGAAAUUUUGAUGAUUUUGAGAGUGGUUAUGAACAGCGCCGUAAAGAAAUGAAUAAGAAGUAUGAGAUUUAUGACAAGCAACUGAAAGCAGCGAAAAGGAGUGGAAACCGAGCUCAGCAAGAAAAGGUGAAGGAUCGAGCUAAGUUUGCAGCAGCUAAAGAAGCAUCUAAAAGCAAGGGCAAGGGCAAGGUUGAUGAGGACGAGGCCGCACCAGAGGUACCACAGAAGUGGAGGGACUACAGCGUCGAGUUCCACUUUCCUGAACCUACUGAGCUCACACCUCCACUUCUGCAGCUUAUUGAAGUGAGCUUCAGCUACCCAAAUCGGGAGGAUUUCAGACUCUCAAAUGUUGAUGUUGGCAUUGAUAUGGGGACUCGUGUUGCCAUUGUUGGGCCAAAUGGAGCUGGAAAGUCUACACUGCUGAAUCUUCUUGCUGGUGAUUUGGUUCCUAGUGAGGGUGAAGUUCGAAGGAGUCAGAAGUUGAGGAUAGGUAGAUAUUCCCAACACUUUGUUGACCUUCUAACAAUGGAUGAAACACCUGUUCAGUAUCUUCUUCGUCUCCACCCAGACCAGGAGGGACUUAGCAAGCAGGAGGCUGUCCGUGCAAAACUUGGUAAGUUUGGGUUACCUAGUCAUAACCAUCUUACCCCUAUUGCCAAACUAUCAGGAGGGCAGAAAGCUCGAGUGGUCUUUACGUCCAUAUCCAUGUCAAAACCCCACAUUUUAUUGUUAGAUGAACCCACGAAUCAUCUGGAUAUGCAAAGUAUUGAUGCAUUAGCUGAUGCACUGGAUGAAUUCACCGGUGGGGUUGUUCUUGUUAGUCAUGAUUCUAGAUUGAUAUCACGUGUGUGUGACGAUGAAGAAAGGAGUCAAAUCUGGGUUGUUGAGAAUGGUACUGCCAGAACUUUCCCUGGAACAUUUGAGGACUACAAGGACGAGUUGCUUAGAGAGAUUAAAGCUGAAGUUGAUGAUUGAGCUUCCUUUUGUGAGAACAAUUUUUUUAAGCCGAUACUUUCACCAUAUAUAUCUAUACACUUCUCCGGUUUUUGCUGAUAAAAAUAACUUGCUUCCUGCAGAUGCCAGAUUUUGUCUCCCUUCUCCCCGUUCUCCAUCUUCUAUUCUACAACCGAGUGUAACCAAUGCUUUUAGUGAGACUAGCAGUUUCUGGUUUACCAAUGUUUGCAUGUGAGUUCACAAGAAUACAUACGAAUGUGUAGUUCAACUGUUAUGACUAAAUAAACAUAUGAACUGUUCCAUUAAUUGUUUAUGCUGUUUCUAUUCUAUCCAACAAAUGACCUCGUAAUGAUGUCUAUUGAUUCAAAUUUUGAAGUGCAACAUCCUCCCAGAUGA